AAAAUUAUUGUUACUUUUAAAUUGAACCUUACAGAGAAUUCUUUUACCAUAUUAAAAUUUAGUAUACUUCCAAGUUCGAUCAAGAGAUCACCAUGGAAAAAUAUAUUGUAUUAUUAGCAGCAUGCAGCUUCGUAGCUAUAGUUUCAGCAUAUUCAGGUGGAGCACCUGUUGAUGUGUGUGACGAUAUGUUACCAAAACAUCCAGUUGCACCACAAACAUCAAAACUUCCAUACACAUUACAAUCAACUAAAAGUAGUGCAUCCCCCGGAGAUCGUGUUAAAAUCACAAUUAAUGGCAAUGGUGGUAAAUCAUUCAAAGGACUUUUAAUUCAAGGACGUCAAGGAGACGAAAUUGUUGGCUCAUUUGAAGUAUCCGAUUCUGAUAAAUAUAUUAAAACAAUUAAUUGUCCAAAAGGAACCAAGAAUGCAGUCACCCAUAAAAAUAAUGAAGAUAAAAAAAGUAUUACAGUUGAUUAUAUUGUUCCCAAUACUAAAGGACAAAUUACAUUUUAUGCCACCGUUGCUGAGAAUGGUGGAGUUUUCUGGGUAAAACAACCAACAGCCAAAAUUAACGUAAAUUAAGUAUAAUAAUAUUGUUUUUAUAUUAUACUUUUUAUAAGAUGCUGGUAAGGCAGGGAAGAUAGUGUGAUUUUUUUAUAGUACCUACAUAUUGUAAAUAAAUUUUAAUAAAACA